AUGAACGCUCUCGCCCCUCGAACAAUGGCCUCCUCUCGCUAUGCUUUACGAACAUCUGCAUUGGCUGCGGUUCGUCAGUUCCAUUCGACACCUUCUCGCUUGGUUGUCCACCAUGCUCCAAAUGAGAAGACCUUCAGGAACCACCUAGCACAGAACGACAAUGUCAUUGUGGACUGUUUCGCCGAUUGGUGCGGCCCUUGCAAGGCCAUCUCUCCGAUCCUGGAAAAGCUUUCCGAGACGGAUGAGUUCAAGCAGAUCCACUUUGUCAAGUUUGACGUUGACGAGCUUCCGGCGCUGAGCCAAGAGCUGGGUGUCCGAGCGAUGCCGACCUUCUUCUUCUUUAAAGACGGGAAGAAGGUGGAUGAGAUGGUUGGAGCCAAUCCUGGCGGGCUGACGACCAAGCUGAAGCUACUUUCUCAGAGGUAA